CGCGCAUCGGCAUGCCUCUUUUGUAUCUGACGCCAUAGCAACAUCACGCCGAAGGACAGGGGGGCGAUGCACGAAUUCGUCAAUACAGCAAGGACACCAAGAUACAUUCAACAUCAUAUUCAGCGUAUUACCGGUGAUGUCGGAACAUUGAUCGCAUAAGCUACAAACGGACACAGUUAUUUAAGCUCAUUUUGUCUAAUCAGUUGACAUGGCCUUGUCUUUCUGUGGGAACGACAGUGGUAGUAAUGCCUACAGUGUGGACAAUGGGGUCCUGGACAAUGGCUGCUUUGUGGAUGCCCUCAACCUUGUCCCACAUGUUUUUCUUCUUUUUAUCACCUUUCCUAUUCUUUUCAUUGGGUGGGGUAGUCAGAGCUCAAAGGUGCAGAUACACCAUAACACAUGGUUGCACUUCCCUGGCCACAACCUGCGAUGGAUCCUUACCUUCACACUGCUGUUUGUGCACGUGUGCGAGAUCGCCGAGGGAAUUGUCUCCAAUACGCACAUGCAGUCAAAUCACCUGCACCUCUUCAUGCCAGCGUUUAUGGGCUUCAUUGCAGCCACCACAUCAGUUGUGUAUUACCAUAAUAUAGAAACAGCCAAUUUCCCCAAACUGCUGCUGGCCUUAUUCAUCUACUGGAUUCUGGCUUUCAUCACCAAGAUGAUAAAGUUAUGGAAAUUUGCAGAGGCGAGUUUAGGGGUGCAACAACUGAGUUUCUGUAUCACAGCUCUGCUGGUGGUGCUGUACGGCCUGCUCAUGGCUGUCGAGGUCAACGUUAUCAGAGUCAGGAGGUACGUGUUCUUUGCGAACCCCCAAAGGGUAAAGCCCCCUGAGGACUUGCAGGACCUUGGUGUCCGAUUCCUCCAGCCCUUCGUUAACCUUCUCUCCAAGGCAACAUACUGGUGGAUGAACCCCCUCAUCAUUGGUGCUCACAAGAGGCCUAUUGAGCUGAAAAAGAUUGGAAAGCUGCCUAUUGCUAUGAGGGCCCUGACCAACUAUCUGCGUCUGAAGGACGCCUAUGAUGAACAGAGGCAGACAACAGAGGACCCAGAGAAAUCCCCGUCUAUCUGGAGGUCCAUGUAUCGGGCGUUUGGGCGGCCUAUUCUCCUCAGCAGCACCUUCCGAUACAUGGCUGACCUGCUGGGCUUUGCCGGGCCACUCUGUAUCUCUGGAAUUGUGGAAUAUCAGAGUAAUAGGACAGAGGUUGUUAUGAACAAGACAGAGAACAGGACUUUGGGGAUCUACUUCGUGUCAUCCACUGUGCUGCUGCAGAAUACGUCUGUUUUAGCCGUUCUGCUGUUCCUGGCACUCAUACUGCAGCGAACAUUCCUACAGGCUUCCUACUACGUCACUGUAGAAACUGGCAUUAACCUGCGCGGGGCGCUGCUUGCGAUGAUCUACAAUAAAAUUCUGCGUCUCUCGACCUCAAACAUGUCCAUGGGAGAGAUGACCCUCGGCCAAAUCAAUAACCUGGUUGCCAUAGAGACCAAUCAGCUUAUGUGGUUUCUCUUCUUAUGUCCUAACCUAUGGGCCAUGCCAGUUCAGAUCAUUAUGGGAGUGAUCCUGCUGUAUAAUUUGUUGGGUGAAAGCGCCUUAAUAGGGGCUGGAGUCAUUUUGCUGCUGGCCCCAGUUCAGUACCUCAUCGCCACCAAGUUGGCGGACACACAGAAGAGUACACUGGACUACUCAACAGACCGUCUCAAAAAGACCACAGAGAUUCUGAAGGGAAUAAAGCUUCUAAAGCUCUACGCAUGGGAGAACAUCUUCUGUGAUCGUGUGGAGGACACCCGAGGAAAAGAGCUGACCAGUCUGAAGACUUUCGCCCUCUACACUUCAAUGUCGAUAUUUUUGAAUGCAGCCAUCCCCAUUGCUGCAGUGUUGGUGACAUUUGUCACACAUGCCUAUAUAGAGAAGGUCAGGCUCACCCCAGCUAAAGCAUUUGCAUCUUUGGCUCUGUUUCACAUCCUGGUCACUCCACUAUUUCUUUUGUCCACGGUGGUCAGGUUUGCAGUCAAGGCCCUGGUCAGUGUACAGAAGCUUGGAGAGUUUCUGCAGAGUGAUGAGAUUGGAGAUGACAGCUGGAGAAAUGGAGAUAUGUCCAUGCCUCUAGAGUCCAACAAGAAAUACAAAUACCCAGGGGAUACUAAGGUGUUUAACAGGAAGGGGCGGUUUCGCAUGGAUAACUACGAGCAGCCCAUGCGCAGACAGCUGCGGCCCAAAGAGACUGAGGAUGUCGCUGUACAGGUUAAUGAUGGUUUCUUCACAUGGGGAAGCAACUUGUCAACGUUGUCUGAUAUCAACAUCCAAAUCCCAACAGGUCAGCUGACAAUGAUCGUGGGCCAGGUGGGUUGCGGGAAAUCAUCUCUGUUGUUGGCCAUGCUUGGAGAGAUGCAGACGAUCAGUGGAAAAGUCUUCUGGAGCAAUAAAAACAGGUAUUCUGUAGCCUAUGCAGCACAGAAGUCAUGGCUCCUGAAUGCCACUGUUGAGGACAACAUCAUAUUUGGGAGUCCUUUUAAUAAGCAGAGAUACAAAGCAGUGAUUGAUGCCUGCUCACUUCAACCAGAUAUCGACAUCCUUCCUUUUGGAGACCAGACUGAAAUUGGAGAACGGGGUAUUAAUCUCAGUGGUGGUCAGAGACAACGGAUCUGUGUGGCCAGAGCUCUAUACCAGAACACCAACAUAGUUUUCCUGGAUGACCCGUUCUCAGCCCUGGACAUCCACCUCAGUGAUCAUUUGAUGCAGGAGGGCAUACUUAAGUUCCUACAGGAUGACAAGCGUACUUUGGUCUUGGUCACACAUAAGCUGCAGUACCUCAUCCAUGCUGACUGGAUAAUAGCCAUGAAGGAUGGCUCAGUGCUGAGAGAGGGGACAUUAAAGGAUAUUCAGACCCAUGAUGUGGAACUCUAUGAGCACUGGAAAACCCUGAUGAAUCGACAAGACCAGGAGCUAGAAAAGGAGACCGAACUAGAAAGUCAGACCACACUGGAGAGGAAGACUUUGAGGAGAGCGUUCUAUUCCAGAGAUGCGAAGAACCAAAUUGAUGAUGAGGAUGAAGAGGAGGAAGUGGAGGAGGAUGAAGAUGACAACAUGUCCACCACCACAAGCCGACGUUCUAAGAUCCCAUGGAAAAUGUGCUGGAGAUAUCUGUCCUCAGGUGGCUUCCUCAUGGUCUUCCUCAUGGUGUCUUCCAAGCUGGCCAAGCAUUCGGUUAUGGUGGCCAUAGACUACUGGCUGGCAGCCUGGACCUCCUCAAAACCGAGUAAUGAAAUUCUUGCCAAUCCAUUUGACAAUGCAAGCAAUUACAGUCUGAACUAUGAUGCCACACAGAUUGCAGAGCAUCGUUCCUAUGUGCCAGUGUUCAUAAUAUUGUGUGGGGCUGCAAUAGCCCUCUGCCUUAUCACUUCUCUGAGUGUGGAGUUUCUGGGUGUGGCUGCUGCUACCAACCUCCAUCAUAAUCUACUCAACAAGAUAAUUUACGCACCCAUCAGAUUCUUUGAUAUCACCCCGCUUGGACAAAUCCUGAAUCGGUUCUCAGCGGACACCAACAUCAUUGACCAGCAUAUUCCUCCAACACUAGAGUCUCUUACACGUUCCACUCUCCUUUGUCUCUCAGCGAUUGGGAUCAUUUCUUUUAUCACCCCAGCCUUCCUCAUCGCACUGUUGCCACUUGCUGUGGCAUUCUACUUCAUCCAGAAGUACUUUAGGGUUGCUUCUAAAGAUCUGCAGGAUCUGGAUGACUCCACUCAGCUGCCUUUACUCUGUCAUUUCUCUGAGACUGCAGAGGGCCUCACCACCAUUCGAGCAUUCAGGCAUGAGGCUCACUUCAAGCAGCGGAUGUUGGAGCUAACUGACACCAACAACACAGCUUACCUCUUUCUCUCUGCUGCCAACCGAUGGUUGGAGGUCAGAACUGAUUAUCUGGGUGCUGUUAUUGUCCUCACCGCUGCAGUGGCAGCUAUCUGGACCACAUCGCAGUCUGGUCUGAUCGGACUGGGUCUUACAUAUGCUCUCACUGUGACAAACUACCUGAACUGGGUGGUGAGGAAUCUGGCAGACCUGGAGGUCCAGAUGGCUGCAGUAAAGAAGGUCAACAGCUUCCUGAGCACUGAGUCUGAAAACUAUGAGGGAUCCAUAGAUGUCUCACAGGUACCAGAAAACUGGCCACAGCAUGGCGAGAUAAAGAUCCAAGACUUGUGUGUGCGUUAUGACCCCAUGCUCAAACCCGUACUGAAACAUGUCAGUGCCCACAUCAACCCUGGACAGAAGUUGGGCAUUUGUGGAAGAACAGGCAGUGGAAAGUCUUCCCUGUCACUGGCCUUCUUCAAUAUGGUAGAUGUUUUUGAAGGAAAGAUUAUUAUUGAUGGCAUUGACAUCUGCAAGCUUCCACUACAAACUCUGAGAUCCCGUAUGUCAAUCAUCCUACAGGAUCCAGUGCUGUUUAGUGGCUCCAUCCGGUUAAAUCUUGACCCAGAGUGCACUUGCACUGACGACAGGCUUUGGGAAGCCCUGGAAAUUGCACAAUUGAAGAAUAUGGUGAAAGCACUCCCAGGAGGACUGGAUGCUGUGGUAACAGAAGGAGGAGAGAACUUCAGUGUGGGUCAGAGGCAGCUCUUCUGUCUAGCCCGGGCCUUUGUCCGCAAAAGCAGCAUCCUCAUUAUGGACGAGGCAACAGCUUCUAUAGACAUGGCCACGGAAAAUAUUCUUCAAAAAGUGGUGAUGACGGCGUUUGCUGAUCGGACGGUUGUCACCAUUGCUCAUCGUGUCCACACUAUCCUGACAGCUGAUCUAGUUGUUGUGAUGAAGAGAGGGAGCAUCAUGGAGAGUGGAAAACCAGAGAUUCUCAUGGAACAAGAGGAUGGCCUGUUUGCAUCCUUUGUUAAAGCUGACAUGUAGAGUCACUUAUCUCCAUCACCUGUUAUACCACUUUUGGCCUUAUAGAAACACAGCAGCCACUUUUGCCUGUGCAUCGGCACAAGCAUUGGAAAGGACUGACCUACAGAUGAACUGAUUGAAGAACCAGCUCAUUUAAACUGUUACCGUUUUAUAGUAAACCUAAGCACAGUAUAAGAUUCUUCAUUUUUUUAAAGCAUUUUGUUACCUUGCGCUCUUUUUUUUAUGUCACGUACUCUGAAACAUAAUGUAAGCAAGAAGCAUACUGUAUAUCUACUGUGAUUUCAUUAGUACAACACUGUACAGAGUAUAUCUGCCCUUCGGAGGCCUGAAACUCUUCUCUGUCUGUCUGAAGUGCAUUGCUGAUACAGUUUUAUGGAAGGAGGACAAAUAUAGCUGGCUCCCCAAAGCCUGCACUCUCUGCACUUUCUGGGGAGUGGCACAAUGUCCACCAAAUACACCCUUAUUUGUUAUUCACACACUCUACGUAUAUAUGAAAGUAAUUUUUUAUUGUAUACCUUUUAUCAAAAUACUUAACCAGAAGUGGUGUCUAACUUUGUCUUGCACAAUCAAUGGCCAUCUCUCUAUCUGUUGGUUUGGUCAUAUUUUAUUUUUAUUUUUAAAACUUCUAAAUUUUUACAUGGAUCUCACAAACUCUGUCAAGAAUUGUCCAGGUUAUAUCAUCCCAAAAUCAAAAGAGAAAGUUGUACUUCAAAAGAGAAAGUACAAUUGUACUGUAAGUAUACAUCAUAUUUGUUUUAGAUAAUUUAAUUUAAGCUAAUUUUAAGUAUUUUUGUGUCUAGUCAGGAUAAUUUUAUUUACUGUAUUACAGUAAUAAGAAAUUGUGGGAAAAUUUGCUUAAUUGUCAAAUUGAUAAUGCAAAAUAAUCUUAGUUCCUAAAUAUAGGCUUAAAAGAAUAUUCCAGGUUCAGUACAAGUCUCUAAAUCAAAAGCAUUUGUGGCAUAAUGUUGAUUACCACAAAAACAUUUUCGAAGCAAAAAUCGAAGUUACAGUGAGACACUCACAAUGGAAGUGAAUGGGGCCAAUGUUUGGAGGGUUUAAAUGCAGAAAUGUGUGGUUUAUCAUUUUAUAAAAGCACUUCUGUUAAAACUGGUGCAUUAUUUUAUCUGUAAAGUUUAAAUUGUGUUUUUAUGGUCGUUUGAGGGUUUUAUGCCAUUAUGUCAUCAUGCCAAUGAAGUUGUAGAAUUGGUUCUAUCUUUACAUAACAAAGGUUAAUAAGUGAUUUAAUGACACAAACAUUGUGUUAACAAGCACUUUGUUUUGUUCUUGUGAUUAUACCUUUGAAACAGUGAGUAUUUUAAUGUUUACGGAUGGGCCCCCAUUCACUUCCAUUGUAAGUGCCUCACUGUAACCAAAAUUGUAGCUUUUUUUUAAUAAACGAGGGAUGUCAAAAUUAUUUUUUGAGGUGAUCAUCAUUAUGCCACAAAUACUGUGGAUUGAGCUUAACUUGUAUUGAACCUGGAAUAUUUCUUUCAUUUUCUUCAUGCAAUUCUUCAUUUUCUUUAUUUUAUCUUUUGGUUUGGUGUUGAAAUAUCCCCUAAACAUUUCUUCACAUCAGAUUUACCCAAUAAUUAAAUAACUGCAGAACCGUAAAUGUGUGGUCACAUUCUAAGUUUAUGUAUGGCUUUCUCUGCAGAAUCUAGUACUAAAUUGUCUACAUUUCAAGAUACUGUGAGUACAGGUUAAAUAUUAUUUCAAACCCCCUGUGCGAGUCUUCUCUCGUCAUAUUCUGUGACGUUUUAUCAUGGUGAUGUAAAAACUAGUCUGCAGUGUCUGGACAGCCAAGCGAUAUAUUAUACACAUAACCACCCCUGUUUAUCUCAUCUUCCUUAAAUGGAGCGUCAGUCUUUACCCUGCCAUCCCUUUUACUGUUAACCUUUGGCUUUCUUUAUUUUAACACUAUGCUUUCUGGAAAAGUCACUGCCAAGAAUGAUCCCAGCCAUAUGUUGUAGUAAGUGAGUAGUAAAAUAAUGGAUUGCUCUGUUGGACGUAAACUGUUAGUAUCACUGUGGGAAAUCAUUGUUCAUUGGACACAGUGACUGUGAAUAUUGCGGUGAGCUGUGAUGUCACACAUGGGUAGUGAUUUUCCAGUAACUUGUGAAUUCAAACACGUGCGUAAAACUGUUGCCGACACACUUAACACCCUCUGAUGAUGUGUAAACAGAAGAGUACAGAACGUCAAACUUAACUGCAAGCCAACUGCGGCACAUUUCAACCUGUCAUAUUAAAGAACACUUUAGUUAAUCACAGUUUAAUGCAUAAUACAUUUCAGGAAUUUGCACAUCACGAUGGACUGUUUUAAAAUGUACAUAUGUAAUUAAUAUGGCAUUUGUUCCAUACGCAUUUAACAGAGCAUUGUACAGUGUGCCUAGCUUUUUUACAUGUGACAUAAAAUAAAAAAAUAGCUUUGUGUGUUUAUCUCAUUUUCAGUGUUGGGUACGUUAUUCAAAAAAAGUUAUCCAUUACAAAUGACUCGAUACUUUUCUACAAUUGUAAUCAGAAUUUACUGCUCGUGGCUUCA